GUCGCGUUCUCGGCCAUCUUGUUUAAUCUUCAGAAAUUUGUGUGUGGCAUUUUCUGCAAAGAAACCAAGAGAAGAUGGCGUAUAAAGGACAGAAAGUUCAAAAAGUUAUGGUCCAGCCUAUUGUAUCCUUUAAAAAUCACUAUAGAGAGAAUUUAGUUAAUGCUAAAGGCAGCAAACCCUUGACGUUCGCUAAGCACGUGCUUUGAGAUCAAGCUUCGUUUGGUAAGCUCACAUAAAACUUGUAUAACUUAAAAGUAGCCGUAACAAAUAGAUCGCGCAGGAUCUUAAAUUACGUGUUAAGUUUUCAGGUAGCGGGUAGUGAUCAUUCAAAAUGUGAAGUUCAUUUGUUUUGGGAGUUGAAAAAACGAAGGUACGCUACAAACAAGCUAUAAACAUGUUGUCAAACCAACAAUUUGUCAAACCAACUUCUGUUUGUAUGAAAUAAAACAAUAGACCUAGGCAAGCAUAUUACUAGAAAUAAUCAAAGAUUAGCGAGUGAGGAGAGUUCUGAGCUUAAGUUAAAUUGCACUGGAAGGCUAGUAGAGGGAACUUUAAGUAGUAUCAAAGAGGCCCUGCCAGGGUAAAUUCCGACAAGCGACAUGGCCCAAAAAGUAGCGACAGCGCGUAAAAUGAAAUCGCGACAAGAGGCAACCUCCCUCUGCCAAAUUACGACAGUGACGACAAAGCCGACAAUAAGCGACAAGCAUUAUAAACACCGACACGAGACAUUUUAAAAUUCAGACAGGAGACAUGGGACCCCCCCUGGCAGGGCCUCAUCAAAGCAAACCCCUUCGAAACCCACAGGGCGAAGUUGACCGAGGUUCCAUAACCUGUUUCCUUGCUAGCAGAGGUCUCUUUUUACUUUGUAUUCGGUGAAUGAUAGCAGCUUGAAAGUGGCCUGUGCUAGCAGGGAUAUAACCUGUGCAACGAAAUCAUUAUUUUGUGUGGUGCCCUCAACUCUAGAAAAUUGUUGAGUUGAAAGGUGACAAUACUGCAGAUAAACACACCUCCACAAAAUAAAAAUGACUGAUGAAUCCUCUUUGAACAAGGUUUCGUUGACUUCUUUAAUUUACUAUGCUCCCAGUGAUCUCGCUUUACUUAUCCUGAUCUGGGUAAUCCCAAGGGAAUGUACCCUUAGGGCUCAUCCACAUGUAGAAAAUGGAAAGAAAACUCUCUGUUUUCAAAAAUGUUUUUAUUUGUGUGGAUGGGGCCUUAGCUGCUUGUUUUCUUCCUUUUUUAGAAGUUUUUGUUUGCAUCUUUAAUGUUUGUCCUAUUAUUUUGAUGUAAAGCCCUACAGAUGCCUAAUGAACUCUUUGAAAGAGCAGCUUUGUAAAGGUCAUGUGUACAUUUUCCUUAACUUUUUGUUCCACAGAAUUUGAUCUUUCGGUACUUGCAAAAUGUAAGUAUUGUUUAAAUAGUAACUGUUGUUGUAAUAAUUUUUCUGGUUUGUCUACUACAUCUACCAUUACCAUUAAAAUACAGUGUUGAUUUUUAUAGAUUUGCUAACUUCUUAUUAUAAUAGUGAGUUUACGCAACUGGAUGGCAGAAAGAAGAGGAUGGCAAAAUGCUUGUGUGUGACAAACGUGACAGGCAUGUUACUUUUAUGUGUUUUCUGGUGAUCUUCACUUAAGUUAGUGUUUUCUGGUGUUUUACAAAAAGACCUCUUUAAUUAAGGGAAGAUAAAGUUCAGCGGAAAUGUUUUUAAAUCAAAAUUAUUGUCAUGCUUGUCACACAAAUUUUGCCGUCUUCUUCCCUCUCUCGUCCUGUUUCAUAAGCUUACUAAUAUUAUUUGUUUUCUCAGAGGUCAAGAAUUCAGAUUUGGCUUUAUGAGCAAGUCAACAUGAGGAUUGAAGGCCAUAUCAUUGUGAGUUACUGAACCACUCAGUGAAAUGUAACAGUACUAGCAGUAUAUUUAGGACCCUUUCUAAAAGUCAGAACCAGGUGACUAGAUCAGUAAUUUUGGAAAUGAAAGCUAGUCUUUUCUCCAAAUUUUUACUAAAACCCAUCACAUCCCUGUUAUAGCAUUUUAAGAUAAACUGAACUGGCUGUACAAUCCUGAUUAAUAUUCUGUGCUAUUACUAAUACUAUUGAUAUCUAUUUUUUAAUUUAUUAUAUAAUAUUUGCAAUAUUAAUAUUUAUUUUUAAUUCAUCCUCAAAGGUAUUAGCAUCUUAUUGCUAUCUUCCAAUUCACAAAUAAAUAAAGAUUUUUGCAGGGUUGCCAAAAUGUGCCGGUGACUGGUGCUAUUGCUGGCUACUUUGAAAGUUUUGCCGGCUAUAAAUUGUUGGAGAAAAGCGUAAACAUCAAUGAUUAAAAAAGUUGUAAAGUAGAAAUAGAAGAAGGAAUUGUUUCAAUCAUGCCCUGAAUGUUCUUUUUCGUGAUUUUUGACAUGAUUUCGUAUUAGCCGUAAUAUGAUACCCCCGAAGCGAAGAAAAAUAGCGUAGGUUUGUUUACAUUGUCAAGCUAUCUUUAAAUAAUCUUUCACUGAGAAUGAAGAAAGAAAGAGACACAAAAGCUUUCAAGUGUCUGUUUUUUGGAAAAUUGUCGGUGUUGACGUUCUAUUUUCUAUUUUAAAACAACGGUCAAACAAAGUUAUGGUUUUCGCACUCAUCUGGCACGCAUGUGCGUUUGAAAUCUAAUGAAGUGUAAUGCGAUGCGUACUUGUCUUUUAUGAAAUUGGCUCACAAAGAUAGAAGACAUUGGUUUUGAAAUAUUAUCACACAACCAUUCUCUCAUUCGUUAAAAGUUGUUAUCAGCUUGUGGUGAAAUAUGUCCAGGAUAACACGUCACGUUACUUAAUCACUUCAUCGAAACAAGUCUGUGUUGAAAUGAAUCGAAACCAAAUCCUUUUAAGGAUUCGUUAAAAAUAAAUACGCACCGGAAACGGCAGUUUCGAACUGAAACGAAAAUGUGUUCAAUGUAGUUUGGUGUGAUAAUUUGUCAGAUGUGUAGAACAUCAUUUUAGUUUUUUAUGGAUCGAUGCUGAUGAAAGAGAAAGGUAUGCUACAUGAGCAGACAGGAUUUGUUAUAAUAUACCCACCAUGGAAAGUUGUCUGAAACUUCAUUCUUAUAGAGAAAAUCGCCCGUAAGAGAAGCAUUUUGCGGCAUCAAAGUUUGAAUUGCGUAUGUGCCGAUAACACAAUGCAACUAAAGAAAUGAUAUGUAAUCAUUAUAAAAAAUCAUACUGUAAAUAGUAAACGUUAUUGUUGUAAUAAAAAUUAUAUGGACCUAGCAUGUACUAGGACAUAAGAAAAUGUAUUGUGUAGUUCCAGAAAAUAUCCAGACCCCCACCACGGAGGGAAUUUCACUUAGGACCCCCCCACCUCCCUGGAUUUUCCAUUUUUGCAGGGAACUGAUGACCCCCCACCCCCUCGAAAUUUCCACAAGUGUGACAAAGACCCCCCAACCCCUCUGGAAAAGUUUAUUUUCACGAAGAAAGACCAUUAAGUAGAAGAAUGAGGCCAUUUAUGGUAGGUAUGCAACGGUUUCCAUCAGAAGCUUGUAUGCUUCUGUUUCCAUUUAUUUGAGUGAUCUCCCAACAUUAAAACACACUACACCAACCACAAAGUAACCUGAUCCGCAAUUUUUGCUCAUCUCUUACUUUAAAUGAAGAGAAAGUUAAUAAGUCCGUUAUAUUUAUGAAUUUACCUUAAUCAGGGCAAGCUUACGAUUUGUUAUUCGUCUUCAUGGGCAUAAUGUUGAUAGAAUUAACGCCAUUUCGUGCGGGAAUGCAGAACAAGUCAAACUUACGACCACAAAAUUAAUGCAAAACAAAGAGAAGAAUAAAAACUCUGAAUUCUGAAAUGAUAACAAUGAAUGGCCCCUGCAUCUUGAAGGGAAACCAAGUUCAAUUUACUACUUUUCGAUCGACUGAGGCGACAUGAUGCGCGAUGGCCGUAUAAAUGUUUGGUGAAAUCGACACCAUUUCAGCGAGAAUUCGAUCAUGAACAUGCCACACCUUCAACCACAAAAGUAAGGGAAAAUGAAAAGGAGAAUAAAAACUCUACAUUUUGAAAUGGUUACAGUGUAUAACUUGUGCUUCGUGAGGCAAAAUUGCCACUCUACUGAACGAUCGACUGACGCAACGUGAUGUGUUGUACGCGUUUAUGUUUUGAGGGAGACUGGUAACGAGUAAUGGCGGCCAAACACACGAGCAUGCGAUAAAACGAGUUGUAGUCGGUCUAAUUCCUUUGAAAUUACAUCCAAAACGCUUUUGGAAGGAAGGAAACCUGGUUAAGAUCAAAAGAAACAAUCUUAAGUGAUAUAUUUCAAGUUAUUUACGUCCUAAAAAUGAUCUACCAGGUCGGUAAGAAGCAAUGUUCGAACUCAGGUUGAAAACGAAAAGAUAUUGACCCCCUGGAAAGUGAUUUUAUGGUCCAGCCCCCCUCCUUUCUGGAAUUUCCUGGGCCUCUGACCCCCACCCCCCUGGAAUUUCCAAUUCCCUCCGUGGUGGGGGUCUGGAUAUUUUCUGGAACCACACAUUAAUGAUUUUCAUUCAAAAACAGAUACUUCUCUUGUUAACAUUGCUCUCAGCUCAGGAGAGCCAAUUUCAGCAACGUGAAAACCUCAAAUCUGUUUUGCUUCCGGGGGCUUCUCCCCCUGGACCCCUAACGGGGCACUGCCCCUGUACCCCGCCCCCAGUGACGGUUACUUUCUCUUAUUCUCCUGCUACUUGAAAUCUUUUUGACAACCCUGGUUAUUGAUUGAUUUGAAUGAUCCUUAACAUUGGACUGGUCUGACCAGCCAGUUCUAACAAAAGGUAGGCAACCCUUAGGUUUCCUCUCAUAGUGCUUUUACGUAAUUGUACAAAACAAAAGACUGUGACAAAAAUGGCAACAUUAUUAUAAUGCCCUUUGUUUUACGUUCUCUCACUUGGCAGCAACCUCAUCUAUUUCUAUUGAAGUAAAAUUUUUCUUUUGAAUUUUCAACAUUUGUAGGGUUUUGAUGAGUAUAUGAAUCUUGUGUUGGACGAUGCUGAAGAAGUCCAUCUAAAGACCAAAAAGAGAAGACCACUUGGUAUGUUCAUGCCUGAGAUUAGAUACUAUUGAAAAUUAACUGUAAACUGCCAGAUAGACUCAGAGAUGUACUGGGUGACUUAAACUUUUAGCAGGAAGGUACUUUAUUACAUGAAAUUUUGGCGACACUUUAAUUUUGCGAAUUUAUCGAUUUUUCUUAAAAUGGCUAAAUUAAAAUGCACCAAAAUUAAGAGUUACUUAAUUAAGGUGAGCACAAUGUGAAAUCCAACCAUCUGGUCAGUUUCACACACAUAUGCUAUUUGAUGGUCAGUUAUGAUGUGUAUCAUUGACUUUGUGUGACAAUGUACCUUAAAAUGAGUGAGGCCAGCAUCAAGUUUGUAUUGUUCAAAAUCAAGUUUAGACAUUGCUGGGAAAGGUGGCAGAGACGUGUUGCUGUCUAUAAGUGCUUUAUUUCCUUCGUUGCUCUCAAGGCUUAAACUGUGUUUCUAUAGUUUUACAAGUUUCAGUUCCUUUUUAUUAUAUCCGAUUUCUAUAUUUUUAUUUUUUUAACAAAUCACAAUAAUUUUACUGUAGUGUGUGUUCACGUAGUGUUUCCAUUAUUUGUUUAUUACAUUUUUCUGUAUAAAUUAGCUUCUAAUUAGUAGUAGUACAUUUUGCAUUUUUAAAUGAAGAUAUGAUCGUUGCAGUGGUACUGCAAAUUAACCUGAAUAAAAUUUUGGGACUUCGGUGGCAUUCAAACCCAUGGCCUCUAUGUUAGCUCUGUAGUGCUCUAACCAAUUUGGCUAUUAGAAGCAGGCCAAUUUGUUGAGUUCAUCUGAACCCGUGUAUAGAAUGAAACAUGAAGAUGAUGUGAACUGUGGAAAUACAAAUUUUAAAAUGAAGACAUGAUAAGCGCAGUGGUAACUUCAAUUUUAGCAAUAUAUUGCAAAUUGAAUCCGGAAUUUUUUUUCGCGUUAAUUUGCAAUUGCUUAAAUUGCAAUUACCACUGUGAUGACCAUAUCUUCAUUUAAAAUUUGUAUUUCUGCAGUAGUUUUUUUUGAGUGUGCAUAACCAACAUAAUGUAUAUAAUAAAUUACAAUAAAUAUUUACUGUUCUGGUACAGUGUCCAGGUGAUAUUGUACCUUUUUCAUUUUAUAAAUCUUUAUACUGAUUUCCAUAUUUUUCCAUCUGUUAAUUUUAGGGAGAAUAUUAUUGAAAGGAGAUAACAUCACCCUUCUCAUGAACACACAACCAAGCUGA